UUCUUUCUAUAUCUCAUUAUUCUUCCUCUUAACAAAACAAUGGACCUCCCUCAUUUUGUUCCUCUUCUCUCAAUUUUCCUUCUCCUUAUUCCACCUUUGACCUGUGCUCAAGUGUGCCAAAGAAACUGUGGCAAAGAAUACCUAAAGUACCCAUUUGGUAGUGGCCCUGGUUGCGGUAACCCACUCUUCCAACCACACAUUUCUUGCUCCCAACAAAAACUUACCUUCACAACUCACACAGGCUCGUACCUUGUUACUUCAAUUGACUAUUCAAACCAAGUAAUUUACAUUUCUGACCCUACUAUGUCAACAUGUUCUUGCACUCUCCCUAGCAAAGGUUUUGGCCUAGAUUGGAAUGCACCAUUCACUUUCCAUGAUAGCACCAUCUUUGCCCUAGUUGAUUGUUCAAUCAAUUCAUCAUCAAUAUGCACAACACAAAGUUAUGAUGAUAUUGAUGAUGGUAACAACAAAAAUUCAAAUUCAAAUUCCAAGCUUUUGUGUGAUCAAAGUACACCAAUUUGUAGUCUCUUGUAUUCAUGCAAACCUAUUAGCACUAUUAACCUUCCAAUUUCCACAUGUUGUGUUUAUGAACCGGUGAAUCUUGGUCCGUCAUUCGAGAUGGAUCUUCAGAAGCUUCAGUGUCCGUCAUAUACCGGAUUCUACAACUUCGACGAGGGAGAAUCUGAUCCUGAGAAGUGGAACUAUGGGAUAGCAUUAAAGUACAAGUUUAGUGUGACGGAUGAUUAUCCUAACUCUUGUGCUGCUUGUGAAAAGAGUUAUGGGGUGUGUGGAUACAAUGGACCUUAUAAUUCAUUUAUAUGCAAUUGCCCUAAUGGCAUCAACACUACAACAGAUUGUUACUUCACAUCAUCUUACAAUAACGCUUUUAGAAACGGGAUUGCUUGGUUGAUUUAUCCUAUGGCAUGGUCAGUGGUUUGGUUCUUCUUGUAGCUUAUGGAUCAAAAAGCAAGAUCAAAAACCAUUAAAGCAAUCAAAAACUCUUCUUGGUGGGCUAUUAUAUAUAUAUAUAGAUUUGUUUUAAUUUGUUGGAGGUGGAAUAUUGUUGUGUGUGACUUCCAUGGUUAAAAUGAAUUAGGGUAAUUGUUUCCGGUUUUCACGGGGUGGCAGAAAUGUGCACAUGCAAAUUGUAAUUUGAUUCUCCUGUGAGCUCAUCUCUGUUUUACAUUCAAUGAAUGCUAAAACUAAAAUUACCAAAAAAACAAAAAAAUGAUGCGCACCGAAGGGAAAUUAUAUCCAUUUUGGCUACAUUAUUAUUAUUAUUACUAUUAUUUAUUAGUAAGAGAAAUAAUUUUUUAA